AUGCAGACAAGCUUCUCUCAAAAAGCAAAUUUGGAUCCCGAAAUUGCCGAAUCGGUAGUUUUUUUCCUGCAUAUUGUCGUCUGUGUGUUUAGGUUCCAACGUGCCGGAGGGCGCUACGGUCAUUAUGAUACGUAUGACGACGCCCAUAGCAGUGUUUCUGAAGAAUCGGACUCGGAUAAUGCUGAAAGAGGAGAGAGUGAAGAGGAGAUCAGGAAUCCCUUCUUACGCUCCUGCGCGUUUUAUUUCGAUUUCUUUUUGGCACAAUCUCGAAGUUUCCCUUUCUUUGUUGUUGUUUCUGUGCGCUGUUUAUUUGUCAUUGUUGUUCAGGCUCGUGUUCGUUCUAUUCUUACCAACUUUCCGCCACCUGUGGAGUAUCAUCGAUUGCCGCCAAUCGAGAAGGCUGCCUACCUCUUCUUUGUAGCUGUGUACAAAAAGCAGUAUAAUGAUAUUGGUGAUUUCCAUCGUAAGUUCAAUCGCGAAUACUACAAAUACACUUGCGAUGGCGAUAGUGAUGAUAUUGCUUUGUGGAAGGUGAGCCAGCGGGCAAGUAUGGACGACAACCAUGACGACAGAACGUCGGAUAUCCUGAGCAUCGAUUCCAGUCAACGAGGUAAUUGCUUUGGAUGGGAUUCUCUGAUUAUGCCUUUCAAGUGCACAGAGAGAAUUGUUUUAGCUCCACUAAAACAUCGUGUACCACAUGCUUUUGUGUCAUUCGGUCCUGGCGGGAAAAUGGUUACGGUACAUCCUGAUUUGUCGGUAUCGGUUGUCCAAAUUGAUGAUAUCAAAGCUGUUGUCUCGGAUCCUUAUACUACACGCCUCAUCGACAGCGCUCAAACAUUCAAAGGUCCACUGCUCAUCGGUCAGACACCUACGCAUUCCGUUCGGCUGUACAUUGAACGUCAGAUCAAAAGGAUUAAGAACAGCGAAGUCGCUUCGGAGAACCCUCAUGCCAACGAUGUUAUCGAUUGUCUACUUAUUUGGCAGUUACUGGGCACCAUUGUGCAGCAACAAGGGCGUGUGACCGGACCGGACGUGGCUGCGACUCCAGUGGAUAGCGUAACAACUACCAUCAUGGAUGCUCGUGCCUAUGAACGAUUCACAGAGCUUCUUCUUGGCGGGCACAUUGUGGAAGCAAUCGACAGCGCACUCCGUGAUGGCCUCUAUGCGGAUGCCAUGGUACUGGCUAGAAGGUUGCUAGCACAUGAUGCCGCCAAGUUGGCUGAAAUCGAAGAAAGAUUCAUAGCUACCCGUUCUCAGUGCAGUCCUGUAGUGACCCUGGUGUCUGUAUCGAGCAAGAAACUGGUUCCGAUACUGAUGAAUCCAACCGGUGAUGAAUCUGGCAGUUGGCGUACGCACGCGGCUAUCAUACUGGCAAAUCUGACGACUUCGGAAGCUAUGGAAACGGUUUACGAUCUUGGAAAGGCGCUAGCCAAACGUGAGUAUAACUGCGCUGCCGAUUUUUGCUUCCUGGCGGUAUCUGUCCUGGCUGGUAUCAAUCCGUUUGCUCCAAUAGCUUCAUCAACUGCGGAAGGUGAAACCCGUCAACAUAUCAAUCUGAUUCAUAGUUUUUCAUUGUACUGGUUCAGGUUCUCUCUGGUUGAUCUACAUGCAACUGAGAUUUUCGACUAUGCUGUACGACUUUCUGAUGUUAACGCAUAUUCACCUCUUGGAGAAUCGAUCGAAUAUCAACGAAAGCGUAUACAGUAUGCGCAUCUCAUAGCUGAGUUCGGAGGUUUUGCCACGGAUGCGUUCAAAUACUGCAUGGAAAUAGCACGUUCGAUUUGGAAUUAUUACCAUCUUUUGUCGACUGCUGAAUUGACUUCUCUGUGUGAUUUGGCUGACAGACUUCGCUAUGCUGCAUCGGCGAGCGAAUGGGAGACAUCGUGGAUUGCCAGUAUGCGUUCGAUGAUCCAACAGAAGCAACAGUAUCAGGCAGGCGAGAUAACUCAGUCUGCAUCACUAACUUCUGAGGCACGUGACUGGCAUGCUCAGCGACAAGAUCCGCUCCAAAUGAGUUCUAUGCUGCCACGAUCUGUAGGUGAAGAAAAUGACGAACGCGUGUCACGGUCACGAACUGUUAGCAACGCUAGCCAACAAGGCCGUGUAAGUCACGAAUUUGCUCCUUACCUGAUCGCUCCUCUUUCAUUUUUUGCUAUCCAAAAGUGGAUUUCUUUUCAGAAAAGUAGUUCCAGUCAGGGUGCGAAAGGUUUUCUGAGCAAUAUAAAAGAAAAACUUUUGAAAUCAAUCCCAAGUGGUAAUGAGAUGAUUCUACCGGACGAUAGCAAGCCUACCAUUGUGUGGGAUCCCGUGAAAGGUCGAUACGUGGGUGCUGGCGUGGAAGAGGAAACAACAGCUGCUCCACCACCAAAGAUGGAUGGUGUUUCUAAUGCUCAAUCAGGCUCCAGUGGUGGUCUACGUGCUGCACGAACAAGUGGAGGUAACAUUCAUCCUAGUUUGCGCCUCUAUACAUUUCGUUUCCCGAAACUAGAUCGAAAUAUUGAAAUUAAUUUAUGCAGUUCUUCAAAGGAAAUCCUUUCAGAUGAUGCUGGAGAAUCCGUGGAUCCAUUCAGCGGCCAAGCAAAUCCGACCAUACAUGGUGUUGAACUAACCCAGGCUCAAUAA